AUGGAGGCCGACGCCAACACUAUAGUAGGGGCAUGUGUACAAUGCCACCAGUACGCCAACUAUAUCAGUCGCUCGUAUGUCCCGCUCUCCGUUAUCAUCUCCCCAAUCUCGUUUGCACAGUGGGGACUUGACUUGAUUAAGGCACUGCUAGUCGCCCCAAGACAAUUCAAGUAUGUCAUUGUGGCGGUGGACUACCACACCAAGUGGAUAGAGGCAGAACCAUUGGCAAAAAUCACCAUGGGCCGGGUGGUUAACUUCUUAUGGUGUUGUGUGUACUGCUGGUUCGGUGUCCCAGAGGCUUUUGUAAUGGACAAUGGCACUCAGUUUGACAAUGACAAAUUUUGUGCGUUUGCCCAUAAGAAUGGCACAAAUUUCUUAUAUGCUUCCCCGGCGCACCCCCAGACUAAUGGAGAGGUCGAAGUCAUCAACAAACUCAUCAAGCAUAACCUAAAGAGAGCCUCAACGAGGCCACCUGACUUUGAGCUCAGAAACUCAGAGGUGUUGUGGGCGCUCCAAACGACCCCAAUGGGAUAG